CCGAACUGAUCGUAGAGACUCGAGAACAGGUGAUGAUCGAGUUAUACAGUGAUGCACUGGCAAAUGACUGUUUAAAGCAUUGAUGCUACACUAUCUGGUGCCACCGGGCACUUAUGAUAUAUUCCGUCUAGAAAAGAUCACAAUUCAUUCUCUCGUUUUAAAAGCUUAGUGAUCACCCAUCGCAUGAUUGGGCCCAAUUUCUUCCUGUUUUUCCUGAAAUUUCCGUAAGACGAAACCAAGGCGGAAUUUGCGUGUGGAGUGUGGUUGUUGCUUGGACUAUAAUUUGCAAGAUUGUCUUAUCAUCGAUAAAACAUACUCGACGACAAGCACUGAAUCAGUAUUAUCAAGAUAGGAUUUUCGACUUUUCCACGAUGGCUGAUUUUCUUUGUCAUCCGCCUAACCAACUGAGCAUCAGACGGGACAGUGGCGGGGUACUUCAGGCAGCACAGGGUCUAAUCGACUCGGCCUGGUCGUUGUAUGGAGAGUUAGAGGCCGCUCUACCCGAGUUCGUCAAAUCAUUAGAGACAAGUCUUCAAAUCCUCCGCCAGAGCCUCGGGGAUGGAGCCAAGUGCCUUAAGGUAGAGAGCGACUUGUCGAAAGCCUCUCGCCAGAUGUUGGAACAGCUCCCACCCAUCAUAUGCGAUAUUGGCAGACAUACAUUCACCAUGGCAACGAGUGAUGCCAGUAGAGAAAGUUUUCUACUUCCGGAUAACACGCUAGCUCUUCAGGUUAAAGCAAGGUUAAGAGAUCUGAAUCGUGUUGCCAAGGGAUUGUCUGCUGAGCUGUCGACAAACGACAAACGGAGAACAAACACGAGAUUAUCACACGUAGAUACAGAAGAAGUGAAAAACUUCUGGGAAAUGAUUUUUGAUGACAGAGAAGAGAUUGAAUUGGCUGAAUUCUAUGAGACAAUAAGCGCCAUCAUCGGCAGGGAACCAAGAUGCCCUCUGGAAAGACUGGGGUCUUUCUUUACUUGUGACUAUGUUGACCCCCUAAAUUUCGAUCGCUUCGUCAAAAUUGUUGACGCAAACAACGUGCAAACAGCCCAUGACAAACUGCUCAUGGGGUCUGCCAUCAACGUUUCCCAGUUCCUUAAGAGCCAGAUCAGGAUUGGUCACUUGAGAGACGCGAUACCCCAAGGAGACUCAAACGAACCAAUCAGGGCCCUCGACGCAAGGAGGCGGACGUCGAGCAAUGACUCCUUGACGUCGCCACGCCUCGGGUUGUCUCCAAGGAAUGAGAACGGCAAUGAAAGCCUUACGUCAGUACUCAGCAAUCACUCAGAUGUUUCUAGCUCAGCCUGGUUGAAGAUCAAAGUGGAAAACUGGUUCAGAGAGGUGGAUCGUCUUUACAGGUUCUUUCACGGUGAUAUACCCAAAGACGACGCUGAGGCCCUUCUGAGAGGGCGCCUUCCAGGUACAUUCUUGCUCCGUUACAGCUGCACCAAUCCUAGUCGUCUCUGUGUGUCGUUCGUCUACUCAGUCGAUAACAGUCCCUGGAAGGAGGAAGUCCUUCGGCGUGACGUCAUCCUUCACCAUGAACUCAUCUGUACAAAUGUCAAGGGAAUUACAAGCCCAAGACAAGGAGGUGAUAUAAGAAGACGAUUUAGUGGUGAUGAUCUCAGCCCGCGAAGAGAGAAGAAAGCGGUAUUGAAUGGCCAAAAAGCAUUUAGUGCGCUCCACCACGUGAUGAAGUCAGGUGCCUUGCUCGAGGAGAGUCUCAAAUCCCCGAGUUCAUUACUUCCUAGUUUACAAAGAUGAUCACCGCUUAAAAAUCAGGCUGAAUGUCAAUGGAAUUAUAAGAAAAGUAGGACGAAAUUAACCAAGGAUAACUUACUGGAAUAAUGGAGUAAUAAUGAAGUAACGGUUUUGUAAUGGAAAUGUAUUGAAAUAUUCAUCCAUCUCGAUAUCAUUCAUGAAAUAUAAUUUAGCAAUUAGAUUCAUUGCCCAAUUAAGUUAAUACAAAGUACAAAAAUACAUUCAACUUCAAAUGGAAAGGGCGAAAUAAACUUGUUACAAAUAUGGUAUGUAAGACUGAAAAAAGGCGGGAUACUACACAAGAAUAUUUUGUAAAACAAAAUAAUGCCCUGAAUAUUGCUUGGUAAAAAAUCAUUUGCGAUGUGCCAUCCCAGAUCCAAAAAUAAGUCGUCCAAAAUUAAUUUCGAGAUAUACAUUGAGCUUGAUAAAGCACGUUCUAAGCUUUAAAAUGAUUUAUUACUUGCCAAAAUUUAUCAACAAAAGGGAAAAUUAAUACUUUAUUGAAUGUAAAAGAAAUUCGGUGAGAUUUUCAAAGAAUGAAGAGAAACAAGGUUUAAAAGUUUAGAAGCAUGCAUGAGACGAGACGUACACACUGUGUAAUCUACUUCUGUGAGACAAUGGAAAAACAGCGGUGUUGAUUUAACAUCAGCCGGGUAUCUAUAUCGGUACACACCAGAGUUGAAACAACACCAGUUAAAAAUGAAACCGAUAUAGGUUUAACACUAAUUGGUGUUGCUUUUAUGUCAAAUUGGUGUUAGCCUAUAUAAUGCCAACCCGAUGUUGUUUCAACAUCUCUCUGGCGUGGACCGAUAUAGAUACCAGACCGGUGUUAAAUUAACACAUAGUGUAUGUGGGGGAAAUAAUUGGGUUAAAAAAAACUCCUGUAUCUCGUUAUCACACUUUGCAACUUUAUUUUUGAAAAAGAAGAGUUACUCUUAGAUAUAAUCUCAUUUUCACACUUUUUACCUUUUAAAAACAGAAUCAUUGUU